GGGCAUCGCCGGCCGCACAGGCUCCAUUUUGCGGUGUGGCUGCGGAGAGAGGCCGGAGGCUCCGCAAGUUCCCCUCAGAAUGUCAUACCCAGGUUAUCCCCCUUCUGAUGGUUACCCUGCUUUCCCAGGUUAYCCUCCGACAGGACAAGAGUCUGUCUAUCCACCAGCUGGUCAGUACUCCUAUCCUGCCGUUCCUGGAGGAUUCCCUCCAUCAGGAGGAGGAACCUAUCCUGCAGCACCACCGAAUGCUGGGUUUCCAGGGGCAGCAGGAUAUCCUGCCCUGGGGGGCUACCCUGCUUCAGGGGGCUUCCCUGGAGCUCCCCAGGCUGGAGGAAUGCCUCCUUAUCCUGGAGGCCCUGGCUUUGCUGCGUCUCCCACUGGCCCUGGUUUUGGUGGCUAUCCACAAUCUCCUGCCCAAAGCUAUACUGGAGGUGGACCUGCACAAAUUCCAGGAUUUCCUGGAGGACAAGUACCAUCCCCAAUGCCUGGUCYGCCUGCUGCAGUGGUUGAGUAUACCCAGGGUACAAUUCAAGCUGCUCCAAAUUUCGAUGCUGCAAGGGAUGCAGAAAUUCUCCGUAAAGCUAUGAAGGGUUUUGGAACUGAUGAGCAGGCCAUCAUAAAUGUUGUUGCUAACCGCUCCAAUGAUCAAAGGCAAAAAAUCAAGGCAGCUUUCAAGACUAUGUAUGGCAAGGAUUUAAUUAAAGAUCUGAAGUCUGAGUUAAGCGGUAACGUGGAAGAACUGAUUCUAGCACUCUUCAUGCCUAGUACCUACUAUGAUGCCUGGAGUUUACGUCAUGCAAUGAAGGGAGCAGGCACUCAGGAGAGUGUGUUGAUUGAGAUCCUUUGCACAAGGACAAACCAGGAAAUUCGUGAAAUAGUGAACUGCUAUCAAUCAGAAUUUGGAAGGGACAUUGAACAAGACAUCAGAUCAGACACUUCAGGACACUUUGAACGAUUACUUAUAUCUAUGUGCCAAGGUAAUCGUGAUGAGAAUCAAACUGUGGAUUAUCAAAAAGCUCAAGAAGAUGCUCAGCGUCUUUACCAAGCAGGUGAAGGAAAACUUGGGACUGACGAAUCUUGCUUUAAUAUGGUUCUGGCAAGCAGAAGUUUUCCCCAACUGAAAGCAACAGUGGAGGCAUACUCCAGGAUUGCUAAUCGUGAUUUAUUAAGCAGCAUUGACCGAGAAUUUUCUGGAAACGUGGAACGUGGUUUGAAGACAAUUGUGCAAUGUGCUUUAAAUCGCCCAGCCUUUUUUGCAGAAAGACUCUAUUAUUCUAUGAAAGGAGCAGGCACAGAUGAUUCUACUCUCAUCAGAAUUGUAGUCACUCGCAGUGAGAUUGACCUUGUGCAAAUUAAACAGAUGUUCACACAGAUGUAUCAGAAGACUUUGGCUACAAUGAUAGCAAGUGAUACAAGCGGUGAUUACCGGAGGUUGCUGUUGGCAAUUGUUGGGCAAUAGAAGAGGAUUAUCUGGUUUUUUUUAGUUUGGUUUUUUUUUUUGAAACAAACUGAAGGACAUAAAACAUGCUUUAAGUAGAUACUAACUAUCCCUGUAAAAGAAUAAUUUUAAAGGUUGCAUAAUCAAAAAGGUUGCCUUCUUGAUGAUUCAGUAAGCUUUUUGCACUUAAAAUGCCUUAAUUUACAGCACAUAAUAUUCUUUAUUGUAUAAUAAAAGAUAUAUCUUGUCUAUUAGACCCUAGGCCUUAUACUUUUUGACCCAGACAAAACCACUUCCCCUCUACUGGAUUCCUGCAGGAGUCUCUGCAGGAGUCAACUGUUUCAGCCAAAUGAAUCUCCAGGAUUCAGCAAGUUUCCUGAAAUGCCUAAACUGCUGAGCUUACUGUGGAAGACAAAAAAAAGCCUGAGGCUGUAAUGUAAAGCAUUUUACACCCUCUCCUCCUAACGUCUUUCCUUCAUAAUGUUGAAAAACAUGCAAGUGCUCCCUUUAAGUCACAAUACACUGACAGUUAGGGGCCUUGGCAGAAUCUGACUGUACACCCCCUACUAAAUUCCUUAAAUUAGUGGUUAGUUACCAUUAUGCUUUAGGCAGCAAUGGAAAGGAGAAAUCAUCCUGGAUCUGAUUUUGAAGUCUCUCCUCAUGGAGUGGGUUAUACAGCAACUGACUGAGCAGUGAAAAGCCUUUAUUUAGUGCUAACCUGUAAAUCCAAAGCAGUUGUGACCUACACAGUAUAAAUAACUGAAUGUUUUAAAAGGAUUUAAAGAGAACAACUUUUGACAGCACGUUUGKUUUUUUUUGGAAAGCUGCAGUGAAUCUGUCCCCAGAUGUAAAUUUAAGAGAAGCUUCAAGUCGAGCAGUACUAAGCAGUGUGUUCCUUCRGCAAUGCUUUAACAAAUAACAACUGUAUAAUAGGAUACCCUCACACAAACAGCAAAAACCUAUUUCUUUUAUCUCUCAGACAUAAAUUGCUACAACUGGUAGAGCUGGUUCCAAUAUGACAAAUCUUUCAUGCUCCACAGCAUGUACAUAGCGGUUUUGGCACAGGAACAACAGAUUAUCAAGUGUAUCAUACCAGAAAAAGCUAAUGUAUUUUACUUAUAUCAGUGGUCUGCAACCUAAAUCUGAUUUUAGACUAGUAAACUUUUUCUGAUGCUAAACUGAGAAAUACAGUUCAGCUGGGUCAGAUUAAAAUUAUUUCAAAUACAAAAUAGAUGGAGGUUGAUUUGGGGAGACUAAAAGACAUUCUACUCUGCUCUACUUUGGUCAUCCUUGGUGCAAGUGUCCACUGAUACAUGUGUGUAUAUAGGURUCUAUCUGGCAAUAGCUUUCCAAGCUUAACCAAGAUUCUUAAAAGCUUUUGUUCACGUCUUUCUUCUUGAACUAAUUUCCUUACAAGUGAAGCACCUUAAUAAUAAUUAAAGCCUAUUAGUGCAUAUAUAUCUUUCUCUAUGACUGAAAAAAUCCCUAUCACUUCACCUGUCAUUCAAAGCAGAAUGUUUAUUAAAUCUGGCUCAUACAUACUAUCACAAGAAAAUGAACAGAUGAAAAGGGUCUUGUGUUCUGCUAACAKUCACCUGUUCUAUGCCAAAAGUAUUUUCAUUACAUGCUAGUAAAGAAUUGUUAAAUGGGUAGCAAGAACUGAAAGAUUGACAAUGAAAUUGUAGCAAAAAAUAGGCAAGACUGAACAGAUACUGUCUAUCCUGCCUGUCCUGCCUCUGAAAACGCCUCAUUUUUUAAUGUAACUUACGUAAUAGUGCUUUCAGAAUAAACAUUAGAA